AUGACUUUUAAGGUGUUCCGACAUGGGGAUCGAUCGCCCAUUGAGUCAUAUCCCAGGGAUCCUCAUGGGGAGGACGUGUGGGCUCAGGGCUUCGGGCAGUUGACUGAGCUGGGCAUGAAACAACAUUUUGAGCUGGGCAGGUUUCUGAGGAGGCGCUAUGGAAACUUUCUCAGUGAAGACUACGACAAUAAAGAGUUAUAUGUUCGGAGCACUGACUACGACCGCACUCUGAUGAGUGCCCAGGCCUGCCUCGCUGGGAUGUUUCCCCCAACCAGACGCCCGCCUCCCAUCAUGCCCCAGUUACUGUGGCGGCCUAUUCCAGUGCACACCAUCCCCAGGGCUCAGGAUAAGCUGUUGAAGUCUCCAGGCAAAGACUGUCCAAGGUUCAGAGAGCUGAUGACGGAGACUUUUGAGAGUGAGCCUUACCAGAGGUUCCUGAGGGCUCACCAGUAUUUUGUGGAGGGACUCUCCAACCACACUGGCUACCCUGUGUCCAAACUGGUUGGCAAAAAAAUAUGGAGGGUCUAUGACACUCUCACCUGUCAGAGGAUCCAUAACUUGACUCUCCCACGCUGGGCCACCCAAGACGUUCUGGACACCCUGAAGAGGAUUGCAUCCUUUGAGGUCAUGUACAGCAUCCUCAGCCACAAGAGGAAAGAGAAGGCCCGGCUCUCGGGAGGGGUCCUACUGAACGCCAUCCUGAGGAAUUUCUCCAGGGCUGUAGAACAAAGGAGCCCUCUCAAAUUCAUUAUGUACUCAGCUCAUGACUCGACACUCAUCACCCUCCAGGCGGCUCUGGACGUGUACAACGGCCUUCUUCCUCCUUACGCUGCCUGUCAGCUCUUUGAGUUCUACCAGGAGUAUGAUGGGUCCUAUUCAGUGGAUUUGUAUUACCGCAAUGACUCCUGGCGCGAACCCUAUCCCAACCCUGUGCCAGGAUGCAACGGGCUGAACCCCUGCCCUUUGUCCUUGUUCAGUGAGCUGCUGCGGGACGUGGUUGCAGAGGACUGGGAGGUUGAAUGCGGGUUCAGGACAAAAUGGUCAGGCACAGGUGUCAUAACAGCUCUUGCAGUGGCCGUGGGUCUCCUGGCAGUGGCGCUGUUGCUCAGCAUAGGAGUGGCAAUCCACAGGAGGAGAGGCCACUACUCCAGGGAGGUGUAAUGCAGGAGACUGGCGCCGAAAAUACUAAAAGCAGAGACUUGAGAGCACUCAAAUUACAAAGUUGAGUCAGCUCCUCCUCCUCCUCC